CCUUUCAUCAUACUACAAAAGUCGAGCACCCACCAAGAUCCGACCUGGGCAGGAGAUACGGAAAAUCCCAGAGGAUUGUGGGAAGUUGGUGGGAUGAGCUGACACUUAAUGAGAAUGAUUCAGCCAACGACGGACCCAGCAGACAGAGGGAUCUCGGCGGGAGGGGUUGAUGCUGCCGGGCUCCCCUCCAGGGUCGAAGCCGCCAGACUCCCUUCCAGGGUCGAGGCUGCCGGACUCCCUUCCAGAGUCGGGACCGCCGGACUCCCUUCCGGGGUCGAGACUGCCGGAACCCCGUCCAGGAUCGAGACCGUCGGGCUCCCUUCCAGGGUUGAGGUCGACGGGUUGCCCUCCAGGGUCGAGACCGCCGGUGUCCUGUUCCCGCCACGGAUCCCUGCCGGCGUCCCAGCUGGUACCCAGGCCUGUUGAAGUCUACCGCUUGUCUUGUCUGUUUCUGUCCUUGUUUGCUGCCCAGCUGCCAGAGAGCGCUGCCCAGCUGUCGGAGAACGCUGCCCUGCCGCCAGAGAGCGCUGCCCAGCCACCGAC